AUGUCGGCGCACGAACAAAUUCUGGUGUGCAACUUGAGGAAGUGCCGGCGCAUUGUCGGCGACUUCGCCUGGGUCACCUCCUGCUCGCAUCUCUUUUGCGACGAGGACGGCGAACGCGAGUUCAAGACGGGGGCGGCCGCCUGCCCGGCGUGCGGCGCCUUGCCGCGCGGCAGCCUGGACGUGGUGCGGGUCUGCUUGAACCCCCCCGAGGAGCACAAGUCCAUGGUGCUGGCGGGCCUAGGGCCGGACGUCAUCCAGGAGAUAUGUUCGCGGGCGCUUUCAUUCUGGAUCUUUCAGGUGCACCAGGAGAGACUGUAUCAGGAACACUUGGCCGUGAAAUCAAAGAGGCUCAGGGUGCAGUCUGAGGACCGCUUCAAGCAGGAGAUCCAGAACAAGGUCACGGAGGUCGCCACUCUGAAGCGGCAGUUCUCGCUUGCCAAGAGCGAGCUGGCCAAGUUCAAGAAGAGGUACAACGAGGCUGCCGAGAAACUGCUGGAGAGGGACCGGGAGCAGAAGAAACUGCAGGUCUCCUACGAUCGCCUCCGCCUGCGAUUCUCCGCUAUCGACGAGGGGAGACGCGCUGAGGAGGAGGAGGCUCUGAACGGCGCGGCGUCCUCGCCAUUCAUAGUGAGAUUCGCAGAGACGUCGACCCCGCGAACAUCGCAAGGCGCGGAGGGAAACGCGUGGAGCUGGAUGAUGAAGACGCCUCCGUGCUGCCGCCCUGAGGGGACGGAGUUUGCGCCGAGGCCGUUGUUUUUCGACGGCAGCCCCCCGGGCAGGUCGCCGCAAUCCGACGGCUUCCUCCGCUUCCCCUUCCCCGCCAAAGCCGCGGUGACCGGAGCCAGGAAGUGA